UAACAGUUCUGGUCAAACCUUCCCAUCUCAUGGUUUGUCAACUUGUUUGACAAAGGUUAAUGCUUUAAAGGCUAAAUGUGAAACUAUGGCCAAGAUCCAAAUGAUAAAGAAAGAUUUCAAGAUAAAUGACGUUUCAGAUCUUGAAAAAGUGGGACAUAUUGUGAAGUGUAUAUUUACUAAAGAGAAGCAACCUAAACGAUAUGAUGAUUUUGAAAACAAAACUCCGGAAGAUUUUAAAAUGUCAGGUUACAAAACUAAGGAAGUAAAUGCUUCACUGAAGCGAAGCAUUCAUGCAAAGUUACCUUCCAUAAACAAGUUGUUCUCCACCUUACCUCCUAUACAUGCUCCAAACAAUGGUACUUCUCAGAUGUUAUUUAAGUCUGCCUUGGUCCAGCAAUUUAAGUAUAAGUAUUAUCAUCUCAAAUCUUUCCGAAAUAGUAUGUACAUGCAUUCAAUUAACUUGGUUAAGUUCUUAGAAGUCCAGAUUCAAUAUUGCGAACAUUGGCAAGCGUUAUUAGAAGAUAAUGAUGUAUCAGUUGAUGCUAGGUAUAUUAAAUCGAUGUAUUCAAGUUUUCAUUCUAAAUUAGUUAAUCAGUUGAAAUAUUCACAUGAAAGUAUCAUUACUACUAUUCAAAGAGUAGUAAUACCAGCACUUGAUAGUGGAUUAAAGGCAUGUAAACAAUUUAAUGAUAAGCUAAAUCGGUACUAUAAUAUAAAAGAUCAUGAAAAUGGUACCACUUUAGCCAAAUUACAUGAUGAAUUACAGCACCAUAUUCCACCAUUCAUUCAUCAAUUGGACCAACUUGUUGAAUUAUCACUUAUGAAGUUUCAUACUGCUUACUGUCGAUGGAAUGAGACAAUUAUUGGAAAUCGAAGUUUAGAUGAAUAUCGAAAGCUUUCAAGCAAAGAGAAAAGUAGUGGAGAAAAGCAUGAUGAUAUUUGCAAAUAUUACAAAUCUGUGGCACCACCAAUAACUUGAUCUUAAAAGAAUAAAUGAUGCUAUGAUAUAAUGAAUACGCCGUGCCUGUAAAAUUUAGAUUAAUAAAAAGUUCGAAAAUGAAUAUAUAGACGAAACUUGAUAGAGAAAGCAUUAUACAAUAGUUUAACUAAUAUACAUACAUUCCCAUAUCUAUCCUAACCAGUAAUAUCAUUCUGUUUCGAAAAGAUAUAACUGAUCGACAUUGAUGAAACGUUGAUAUUAUAUAAUCGG